AUGGAAGACGACGAUGGUAUUGGGUUAUCAACACCACCACCUGUUAUUCCUCCAAGACCAGCAGCAACAACAACAACAUCAACAACAACAACCUUCUCAUCGCCGAAAUGUUCGAAAGCAAAGAAAAAGAAUAACACAAAAAAUAGUAAAUAUAAUAUGAAGAAUUGCGCUAACAUAGUCAACAACAACAACAACACGAACAACAACAACACUGAAGAAGAAGAAUCACCUCCGAGCGUACCAGCCCGACAGCCAAUCUAUUCUGAGGCUCGCUCUUACAAACCUCUGCUCAACAAUAACAUCAACAACAAUAUCAACAACAACAUUGACAACAAUAACAACAAUAACAUCAACAACAACAACAUCAACAACACUCCAAAACAUAACAUCAUUAACAUCCAAUACAUCAACAAUGACAUCUCAAACAACAAAGCUAACAGAUCUCGCAGUCUGGAUAUCAACAACAUCAACAACAACAGCAACAACAACAGCAACAUCAAAAAACCAGCAACAACACGCAAGCGGUCUAAAUCAUUGACGCUGACUCCCCAGAAAAAAGCAACAGCAGCAGCGGCGAAGAAGAAGAAGAGAGACAACUCGAAGGUUCUUUUCAGGUCUCAAUCGCCCUUCAUCAGCGAGAUGAAAGCCCACUACGACCAGACGAAAAAUGUUUUGAGUUCCAGUCCGCAGUUCAAAUUCAGUGAAGGAGCGAGGAAAAGUGACCUGGACAAUGAAGUAAUAAAAGAAUUCAAUUCGGUAUCCUUUGAAAACAUCCAUCACAUUAACGGAACACGAGAGGCUGUACAAUUUAACCGAUCUGACGGAUCUCUUCGAAUAGAAGCCGACGGUUUGUACCGAAUAACGGCAUUCGUUCAAUUCAUAUACCGACAACCGACCGAAUGUUUUUGGGUUCGAAUCGACAAGUUGUCGGAUUUUAACGAGGGAAUGAAUUACGUAGAGAAGCGAAAUUUCACGCUGGUCGGUGGUGAGGCGCAUUUCAUGGGUGCCCAGAUUCACGCAAAUGGAAACAAAUUCAAAAAAAUUCUCCUCGCGAAGAUGGUUUGGCUGAAAGAUGGCGAUCUUCUGAGAAUUAAAAAGGACCGGCAGAAUAAACUGGCUUGCUCAGAGGCGAAUGAUCUUGAACACAAUUUAACAUUUUCAAACUUUGUGAUUUAUUUGUUUUGA